AUGAGGCCGGCAGCGUCUUUACUGACGAUAUUGCGGCUUCGUCUCGCCGCGCCGUCAUCGCCGCCGUUUCCUCAUCCCAGGCACGAUCAGCCGUCCUCGCCCCUCCCUCUUUUUACGAGGGAGGAUUUGGCACUGCCACCAGAGGAGCUCCCUUCUGACUCUCUCCUGAGUGGUCUCUUCCGGAACGGCUUGAAACUCGCUGUCGUCCCUCCAGCGAAGAACGCCGAGCGCGUCUCCUCCGCCUCCAUUUCUGAGCCACUCGUGGUGUGCACUCUCGUAGUUACCGUGGUCUGCUCCUCCUGGUCCGAGCUGACCACCGUCGUCGUCCUGUCCAAAUCACUAGCAAAUCGUUGUCCAUUAUCCUUGCCAUGUCCCGUGCCCACUGCACCUACUCUGCGAGGGUCUCUUGAAGAGAGACCACCAGGCCCGGCUGCUACCCUUCCCCCCGGACCGUGGUCCGUGAGGGACUGGUAA